AUGAGUAAAAAGUGUGCAAAAUGUUUGAAAACGGUGUACCCGACGGAGGAGUUGAAGUGCUUGGACAAGAUUUGGCACAAGCUGUGUUUCAAGUGUGAAGUAUGUGGUAUGAUACUAAACAUGAAGAAUUACAAAGGAUUCGAGAAGCUGCCGUAUUGUAAUGCUCAUUGCCCAACGGUCAAGCACACACAAGUGGCAGACACUCCUGAAACCAGAAGAAUAGCUGAAAACACAAAGAUUCAGAGCAAUAUACAGUAUCAUGCUGACUUUGAGAAAUUGAAAGGGCACAAGACUUCAGUAGCAGAGGAUCCUGAAAUUGAGCGCAUCCGACAAAACACUCAAAUUCAGUCCAAUGUCAAUUACUGGGGACUCCGGGAACAGCGAGGCAAGAUGGAAGUGAACAGACCUCUAGAGUCUGUCGAUGAUGGCAAAAUUAGCGACUACGAUCCAGUAGAACCCAGCCGUGACUCACCGUACAGUCAACGCAAUUCAGCAAAUGUCGUCUAUCAGUCACAGAGAGGAGAAGUUCAAGCCCAAAAAGUGCAGCCAGGAUCUAUCGCAGACUAUGACCCCCUGAACCAGCUGCACAGCUCUGUGGUGCGCAACAGCCAGGGGCCAGCACUGCCGCAGGCCCCGCCGGCACACUUUAGCCAGCCCCAGCCAUUACGAGUGGAGCCACCUUCAGCUAAACAGGUUAUCUACCGUGCAAUUUACGACUACACCGCCGCAGACGCCGAUGAAGUUAGCUUUCAAGAUGGUGACCAGAUCAUCGACGUCGAAGUAGUGGAUGCUGGCUGGAUGAUGGGUACUGUACAGAGGACCGGACAUCACGGCAUGUUGCCUUCAAACUACGUCGAACGAGUCAACUAA